GGGAAACCGAAAGUGCGCGGCCCCGGCGGGGCGUCGGCCUCGGAGCCGAGCGCAGUCCAGCCGAGGCGGCGGCGAGGGGACGCGCCGGAGCCGGAGCCGGAGCCGAGGAAUUGAAGUGGCUCAGACAUGGAGGAGAGAAGACCUCACGUGGAGGGCAGGCCCGGGAAUCCCCACACCAACCCCAGAGGGCGUUUGGAUGGCGAGUUAGCACCAAGAGCUAGAGAUCGGGCCAAUAACCCACCAGCCAGUGCAUCCAGAGAAGGAGCUGAUCAUCCUGGACGGCACCCUAGGGCUGCCAGUCACUCUGUUCAUUACCGGCAGAGAGAAGACAGAUUCAGGGCCAUGGGCAGGAACCCACAUCAGGGAAGGAGGAGCCAGGAACGGCAUACCAGCGGUGAAGCGAGAGGCCAAAGACAUGGGCAAGAGAAUGACCCCGGGUGGAGAGAAGUCCCCCUGGAGGGGAGGAACCGCAGACCACCAUGGUCCAGUGACAACUUCCAGCAGUGGCGGACACCCCACCAGCAGCCUGCAGAGCAGCCGCAGCAGGUGAAGAAACUGGGCUACAAGUUCCUAGAGAGUCUUUUGCAGAAAGACCCCUCUGAGGUGGCCAUCACACUUGCCAGCAGUUCAGGACUGAAGGAACUCCUCUCUCAUUCUUCCAUGAAAGCCAGCUUCCUGGAACUCAUCUGCCAGGUUCUUCGGAAGGCUUUCAGCUCCAACAUGGACCGCCAGAGCAUCUUCCACAUCCUCGGCAUACUGAAGAACUCGAGAUUCCUCAAGGUCUGCCUGCCCGCUUACGUGGUGAGCAUGGUUACCCAGCCUGUGCCUGCCAUCCGCAACCAGUACCCGGAGCACAUCAGCAACAUCAUUUCCCUCCUCCAGAACCUUGUGAACGUCUUCCCCGCCAGCUCCGUGCAGGAAACGUCCAUGCUCGUGUCUCUCCUGCCAGGGUCUCUGAAUGCCUUGCGAGCCUCUGGGGUAGACAUAGAAGAGGAGACGGAGCGGAACCUGGAGAAGAUGCAGACCAUCCUGGAGCAUAUGCAGGAGAAGAGGCGGGAGGGCACUUUAAGAGAGGACACCUACACUCUGGUGCAGCCUGAGGCUGAUGGGCAAGUUGCUAGCUACCGGACCAUGCCCAUCUACCCUACCUACAACGAAGUGCACUUGGACGAGAGGCCCUUCCUCCGCCCCAACAUCAUCUCUGGAAAAUACGAGAGCACGGCUGUCUAUCUGGACACCCACUUCCGACUCCUGCGGGAAGAUUUUGUCAGACCCCUGCGGGAAGGCAUUCUGGAGCUUCUCCAGAGCUUUGAGGACCAGGGCCUGAGGAAGAGGAAGUUUGACGACAUCCGCAUCUAUUUCAACACCCAGAUCAUCACCCCCAUGUGUUCAUCAUCAGGCAUCGUCUACAAGGUACAGUUUGAUACGAAGCCCCUGAGGUUUAUCCGCUGGCAGAACUCCAAGCGCUUACUGUAUGGGUCCUUGGUGUGCAUGUCCAAGGACAACUUUGAGACAUUUCUUUUUGCCACUGUUUCUAACCGGGAGCAGGAAGAUCUGUGCCAAGGAAUUGUCCAGCUGUGCUUCAAUGAGCAGAGCCAGCAGCUGCUGGCGGAGGUCCAGCCCUCGGACUCCUUCCUCAUGGUGGAGACCACAGCCUACUUUGAGGCCUACCGGCACGUCCUGGAGGGACUGCAGGAGGUCCAGGAGGACGACGUCCCCUUCCAGAGGAACAUUGUCCAGUGUGAUUCUCACGUGAAGCAGCCACACUACUUGCUAAUGGGGGGCAGGUAUGAUUUCACCCCCUUACUAGAGAAUCCCUCAGCCUCCUGGGAGUCUCUGAGGAAUGCCGAGGGCUGGAGACGCCCUAAAGUGAAUGUCCUCGACCUUAGCCAGUGGCCCUCCAAGGAAGCCCUGAAGCUGGAUGACUCCCAGAUGGAAGCCUUGCAGUUUGCUCUCACAAGGGAGCUGGCAAUCAUUCAGGGGCCUCCUGGCACAGGUAAAACCUAUGUGGGUCUAAAAAUCGUUCAGGCCCUUCUGACCAACGAGUCUGUUUGGCAAAUUAGCAACCAGAAGUUCCCCAUCCUGGUGGUGUGCUACACCAAUCAUGCUUUGGACCAGUUUCUGGAAGGUAUCCACAGGUGUCAGAAGACCAGCAUUGUGCGAGUGGGCGGAAGGAGCAGCAGUGAGGUCCUGAAGCAGUUCACGCUGCGGGAGCUGAGGAACAAGCGGGAGUUCCGCCGCAGCCUCCCCAUGCACCUCCGGCAGGCCUACAUGAGCAUUGUGACCGAGAUGAAGGAGUCGGGGCAGGGACUUGACAAGGGCGCCCAGACGCUGGUGUGCACCACGCGCGGCGUGCUCCGGGAGCAGCACCUGCAGAAGUACAUCUCCCCCCGGCACUGGGAAAGCCUGAUGAACGGACCUGGGCAGGACAGCGAGUGGGGCUGCCUCCAGCCCUGGAAGCACUCCAUGAUGCUUGAGUGGCUGGGCCUGGGGGCUGGCGCUUUCACUCAGCAUGCUGCUCCAGCAGGACCUGAGAACACAGCCCAUGCAGAAGGGGAGGAGGAAGAAGAAGGAGAGGAGGAAGGCUCCCUGAUCGAGAUUGCAGAGGAGGCUGACCUGAUUGAGGCCGACCGGGUCAUUGAGGAGGAAGAGGUGGUGAGGCCCCGGCGACGGAAGAAGGAAGAGAAUGGGGCCGAGCAGGAGCUGGCUAAAAUGCUUCUGGCCAUGCGGCUAGACCACAGCGGCCCCGGCACUGCAGGUGGACAGGAGCAAGCGGCAGAGGAGUGGGAGGUCCAGCGCAGCCAGAAAAAGAAAAUGAAGAAGAAAGUGAAGGUUGAGCUCCACAAACUGAAUGCCAUGACUAAAGCCGAGGCGGAUGAGAUCCAGGACCUCUGGCGGCUCGACCUGAAUUCUCGCUGGCAGCUUUACAGGCUGUGGCUGCAGAUGUACCAGGCAGAUACUCGCCGGAAGAUACUCAGCUAUGAAAGCUGCUAUCGCACAUCAGCAAAAAGAAUGGCCGAGCUGAGACUCCAGGAAGACCUGCUCAUCCUCAAAGAUGCCCAGGUCGUAGGAAUGACAACCACAGGUGCUGCCAAGUACCGCCAGAUCCUGCAGAAGGUGGAGCCCCGCAUUGUCAUUGUGGAAGAGGCUGCGGAAGUCCUCGAGGCCCAUACCAUUGCCACCCUGAGCAAAGCGUGCCAGCACCUCAUUCUGAUUGGGGACCACCAGCAGCUGCGCCCCAGUGCCAAUGUGUAUGAUCUGGCCAAGAACUUCAACCUUGAGGUUUCCCUUUUUGAACGGCUCGUGAAAGUGAACAUCCCCUACGUUCGUCUGAAUUACCAGCAUCGGAUGUGCCCUGAAAUUGCCCGCCUGCUGACCCCACACAUCUACCAGGAUCUGGAGAAUCAUCCCUCUGUGCUCAAGUAUGAGAAGAUCAAGGGGGUGGCUUCUAAUCUCUUCUUCGUGGAGCACAACUUCCCAGAGCAGGAGAUCCAGGAAGGCAAAAGCCACCAGAACCAGCAUGAGGCACACUUCGUGGUGGAGCUGUGCAAGUACUUCCUGUGCCAGGAGUACCUGCCCUCCCAGAUCACCAUCCUCACCACCUACACCGGGCAGCUCUUCUGCCUGCGCAGACUCAUGCCUGCCAAGACAUUCGCCGGGGUCAAGGUCCACGUGGUGGACAAGUACCAAGGGGAGGAGAACGACAUCAUCCUCCUCUCGCUGGUGCGGAGCAACCAGGAGGGCAAGGUGGGCUUCCUCCAGAUCCCCAACCGCAUCUGCGUGGCCCUGUCGCGGGCCAAGAAGGGGAUGUACUGCAUUGGGAACAUGCAGAUGCUGGCCAAGGUGCCCUUGUGGAGCAAGAUCAUCCACACCCUGCGCGAGAACGACCAGAUCGGCCCCACGCUCCGACUCUGCUGCCAGAACCACCCCGACACCCACACCGCCGUGUCCAAAGCUUCGGACUUCCAGAAAGUGCCCGAAGGAGGCUGCAGCCUGCCCUGUGAGUUCCGGCUGAGCUGCGGGCACGUCUGCACCCGGGCCUGCCACCCCUACGACGCCGCGCACACGGAGUUCCAGUGCAUGAAGCCGUGCCAGAAGGUCAUCUGCCCGGACGGGCACCGCUGCCCCCUCGUUUGUUUCCAGGAGUGUCCGCCUUGCCAGGUGAAAGUGCCCAAGACGGUUCCUCAGUGUGGCCACGAACAGAUGGUCCCCUGCUCGCUGCCCGCGUCGGCCUUCUGCUGCCAGGAGCCCUGCCCGAAGGUCCUGAGAUGUGGCCACAGGUGCACCCGCCCGUGUGGGGAGGCCUGCGUGCGCCUGUGUUCCGAAAUGGUCACCGUGGGACUGAAGUGUGGGCACAGCCAUCAGCUGGAGUGUGGCCACGUGGAAGACCUCAAGUACGGCCUGCCAGUCAAGUGCACCCUCCAGUGUCUCACCGUCCUCGACUGCGGCCAUCCCUGCCCUGGCUCCUGCCACAGCUGCUUCGAAGGGCGCUUCCACGAGCGCUGCCAGCAGCCGUGCCAGCGCCGGCUCAUCUGUUCACACAAGUGCCAGGAGCCGUGCACCCUCGGGUGCCCGCCCUGCCAGCAGACGUGUCAGAACCGCUGUGUGCACAGCCAGUGCAGGAGGAAGUGUGGCGAGCUGUGCAGCCCCUGCGUGGAGCCCUGCGUCUGGAGCUGCCAGCACUACCAGUGCACCAAACUCUGCUCCGAGCCCUGCAACCGCCCCCCGUGCUACGUGCCUUGUACCAAGCUGCUGGCUUGCGGCCACCCCUGCAUCGGGCUGUGCGGGGAGCCAUGCCCCAGCAAGUGCCGCGUCUGCCACCUGGAAGAGGUCACCCAGAUCUUCUUCGGCUACGAGGAUGAACCCGAUGCUCGCUUUGUGCAGCUCGAGGACUGCAGCCACAUCUUCGAGGUGCAGGCCCUCGACCGCUACAUGAACGAGCAGAAGGACGACGACGUGGCCAUCAGGUUGAAGGUCUGUCCCCUCUGCCAGGUGCCCAUCCGCAAAAACCUGAGGUAUGGGGCCAGCAUCAAGCAGCGGCUGGAGGAGAUCGAGGUGGUCAAGGAGAGGAUCCAGGGCUCUGCCAGGGAGAUUGCAGCCAGCCAGGAGCAGCUGAAGGCCCUGCUGGAGACCAAGAGCCUCCUCCAGCAGCAGCUUCCCGACGACUUCCGGAGGCUCAGCGACAAGCUGGCCCAGAAGAAUCUGUCCGUGAAAGACCUGGGCCUGGUGGAGAAUUACAUCAACUUCUACGACCACUUGGCCAAACUCGGGGAUUCUCUGAAAAAGAUACAAGACUCCGAACAAAAGAAAGUGAGGACUCGGCUAGACCAGGUCCACGAGUGGCUUGCCAAGAAGCGCCUGAGCUUCACCAGCCAGGAGCUGAGGGACCUCCAGCGGGAGAUCCAGAGGCUCACGUACCUGCUGGACCUCCUGGCCCGCUGUAAGAUGGCAGAGGGACGGGUGAAAGGGGACGUGGCCGUGGAGGUGCUCAGCAUCCGGGCUAUCCUGGAGGGAACGUGUCAGUUCACGCCGAAGGAUGAGGAGCUGGUGCAGGAGAAGAUGGGCGCCCUGAAAGCCGCCCUCCCCUGCUCUGGCCUGGGCAUCUCGGAGGAGGAGCGAGUGCAGAUCGUCACCGCCAUGGGUUACCCGCCCGGCCACUGGUUCAAGUGUCCCAACGGCCACAUCUACCUGAUCAACAGGUGUGGGGGGGCCAUGCAACGCGGCAUCUGUCCCGACUGUCACGAGGUGAUCGGGGGCGAGCGCCACACGCUGGAGAGCAGCAACCAGCUUGCUUCUGAGAUGGACGGAGCCCAGCACGCCGCCUGGUCGGACACGGCCAACAACCUGAUGAACUUUGAGGAGAUAUGGAGGGUGAUCUAGGAAGACGCCCAGCGCGGCCUUCUGCCCGGUGCGGAGGGCCCGGCUGGGGGGCUCCCUUCUGAAGGUGAGGAGUCCGGUUUAAUCACGUCCUUUAGUCUUUGCACCUAUGUCAGGAUCCUUUCUUAAGGCUUGCCCACUGUUGAUUCUCAAUGUACCCCUGCGCUAGAGUAAGCACUUUACCUCCAAACCAAGGGCAGUGAGCACAGGACCCCUCUUGUCCCGCAGCCGGUUAGUGGCAGGUCCCCCGGAGCAUCUGGGCUUUCACCAGGGCCCCCGAGGUCCUGCCUGCCCCAGCGUGGGCUGCAGUGUGCCAGGGCAGUCCACGCUCAGUGAAACCAUCUGAUUGCAGUUGCCAGGCCGGGCCUGGCCCCCUCCCUCCCACCCAGUGACCAGAGGAGUCGUAUGAACUGCUUAGAUCUCCAAGGAGCACAAAAGUCCCAGCCGCCCUGCUUGGGCACCCACCCUUCCAGACACGGGCGCGUGUGGAAAGGCAGUGCCCACGAGGGCUUGCACAGCGGCAGGCCCAGGCAGCAGCGACGCCAGCCCCCUCCGCGGUGACAUGCCCUUGGACGGUGGCUUCUUCACGCAGCGCUGCGGGCAGUGCCGGCAGCCCCUCCCAGGUGUGACGGACCCCAGCGCCUCCCCGCAGCUUUGACCUGGGCAGGGGCAGCAUGCCAGCCGCUUCUGCAGCCCCGACCACAGGCCAGCAGCCAGCCCCGGGGGUCGCUAGAACACUUAGGCAACUCAGGUCCUUUCUAAUGUCGGCCAGGAACACACCCUUUCCUAUGUACGCAUUUCCUUUUUUGUCUUUACUAUGCACUUUAACCUAUAAAGCCAAUUAAUAAAAACGACGAUUGACAACCUC